AUGAUGCCCCUAUCACAAAGCGGGCCUGUCUAUCGAGGCACUGCACGUAUUAAGCUUGCCUCCCUGUGUUGCAAUUGGAAUGACUCAGAACAGGAUGAAAAGAAAGAAAAGAUACGAAAGCUAUCCAAGAUCUUAGAAGUGCUCCCGGAUUAUGCAAGGUCACAAUACCACGUUUCCGCAGUUAUUGAUGAUGAUUUGCUAGAGACUGCUAUCGAGAUUUCGAGGACAAGCCAUGCGGCAUUGUUAAGCUCUCAUGACCGACUGGUGGAACUAGAUAUACCACUGUCAAAAACGAUAGAGUGUGUUGCCGGAAGAUCGAUAUUAGAGGCAGCCAAGGAAACAAACAAGGAGUGGUGGGUAGUAAAGCUGUAUUCACGGAAAGGAAUGAAUGAUAGCAGUGUGCAAAGAUUGAGAGCUGAGAAUAACAACAGCCCUAGAAACUCGUUGGGCUGGAUAUUUCGACAGAUACUUAUUUCUAAGUCGCAGAAAGACCAGACGUUGGAAGAGCAUUGGAAAUCUGUGCUUUCGAAGCACGAAAGACGAUGCCUCACCUAUGUUACCUCUGGAAAACUGAGGAAUGAAUUCCAGGCACUCCUAGUAAUUCCUGGCUUGUGGCAUCAGUCACCGUUUGGUAACAUGCACAAGAUAAUGGCCAUGAAGUGCGUUGAGGAAUCUUCGCACUACCUUGAUCAGAUACUAAGAAUUUUCACAGGUUUCGUCCGAGGACAGCUGCAGCUGCUCAGAAAUAUCGACAGAUAUACCGUCGCAGCAUUAGAAGGCAAAUGCCCUGGCUUGUCCAAGCAUGACCGGCGCCAGCUUGAGUCACCUUUGGAGACUGGGAGGCUGCUGCCUGGAGCCAGCUCUGAACAACGCCAACUCUUUUUUGAUGCAGUAUGCAAUUUCAAGAGACGGAUUCCUUCAUUAAGCACAUUCUUCAAUGAUAUGAGCUACUUGGGAGGGUGUGCGAGAUAUAUAAAGCACCUUGUGAAGGUUGAACGCGAUUCGACUGUGCGACAGUCCCUCCGUUAUAUUUUCCAAGGUGACGAAAACUCAGCCUGCGUCAUACAGAGCACGGAUAAGAAUUUCCACAAACUGCCGGUGUCGACAGUGGAGGAACAGUUUGAUAUCGCACAGAGACAACUCUGGCUCUGUGCGAUGAGGAAAAGCCUGGCGUCGCCGGUUGUGCCAAAGAGCCAGCAGGCACUCCUUGCCAAGAGUAAACGGCCUAGCGAAGACCGUAUAACAUUGACACAGCUUGCGUUGGUUGCUCAGAGCCUUGGCUUCCAUUCUUCCCAGAUUUACCAGCUUGCGAGUUACGAACUUCCUACGGAAAUUGCUACAGAAACACUGGUCAGAAUACAGAAUCAACUCAACUAUACGUAUGGAGAAGCCUCCCUUCAGCUUGGCUUGAAAGCAAUUGUGGACCAGCUUCAGGAUGCAGCUGAAACCCAGACUACGUUGCAUCCUUUUGUCACGAGUGAAGGGAAUGGCGAUGAGAGACAUGUCCAACAUGUCUCAGCAGCCAUACGGAUUCUGAUGAGCGACCAGCAUCCGUACGACGCAUCUAGCGGGUCAGGUUUGUCGAUUGAUGACUGUUUCCAGUCCGCCAUAAACAACAGUGGCAAGAUACUGAUGCGUAGGGUUGGUUGA